UCGUUCCAAGAGUGGUUCACUUAUAAACACUUCCUUGAUACAGCAAAAUUUGGCGGGCAAAGUCAUUUUUUCAAAAAUGGGAAUGAAGCAGCAUCGUGCAUUGCUCUUCUUUGGAUAAGCGAGGAUGGAUACGGAUUCAGAGUCUUCUGACUUUGCAACAACAGCCAUAGGAAAUAACAAAAGCGCUGUUUCUCAAAAACCAACAAACAAGAAAAAAGAACAAUCUCCUAAUAAAGGUGCAUCGGAAAAGUUGUCUCUUUCUGAUACCGAAGAAAAGGAGAAUUUUCCUCUACUACUGGGUCAAGGAGUGACUGGUGAGCAAGAAAGUGAUCAAGAAUAUUGUGAAGAACUCAAUAGUAGACCAAGUCGCCGUUCAGCUGUUAAAGCACAAGGCAAAAUGACUCAAGUACAAGCCUCUGUAUCUGAUAUGAAGGAGUCAUCUUCAAGAAGGAAGAGGGACUCUAAAGUACUUGAAGAACCUGAUUGUGACAAUGACGAUGAAGACGAAUCUUUUUCUACCAACGAUACUGAAGAUAGUGCUUUUGACGAAGAUGACUCAGAAGAUUCUUCAUUAAUAGAUGAUAAGCUGAAAAAAGGAAAAAAGAGACGUGACUCUACGAGUUGCUCCAAGAAAACCCCAAAUCCUAGAGCGUCCAAAGCUAAAGGAAAUCAGUCAACACAGAAGAAAAACGUGAAAUCAACAGCAACAAGUACGAGAGCUGUGAAGAACGAUACGAAUUGCAAGUCAAAAAUUUCCGUGAAGCCCAUUCGCAGUGGCUUAUCGUCGAAUAACCAAACAGAGUUGGAAUCGUCCCAUAGUUCUCGUUUGUUACAUGUAAGACCUAUCAGAGCAGGAUUAUCCAAAAAGUCACCCAUACCAAGGCUGCAUUCUUCUUUCUUGAAUCACUCUUAGUAUACUUCGAUUCUAAAUACCGUCUUUAUUGUAAAUAUGCAAUUCAAAAUGAACAGUUGUUAGAAACCAUUUGCUUUAGAAUAAACACGAGGAGCAAAACGUGACUUUAAUAAGUUUCCAGCCAUGAUGCCUGCAAGAAAAUCCCAGUCCAUUCA